CAGCUACCGUUGGGGGUCAGUGCGCUGCUUGUUAUUGUUCCGCACCCCGCUUCCUUCCCCAGCCCUUCCCUCCGCCCUCCUUCCCUGCCUUUGUGUCUCGGUGCUGGCUCUCCGUUCUUCCUCUGCAUGCUCGGGGGCGACGGCUAAGCGCUGAGUGCAGACGGCAGGCGUGAAGAUACGGCGUGUUGUGGAAGCCCCUCUCGCCACUCCGCCUUCCUGACGUCACAAAUGCGACCAUGGGAGCUGGCAGUGAAUAGGUGGCCUCCCUCAGCCCCCAUUAACCAGCGGAGGUUCUUGGGGCCCUGCAGCACCCCUGCACACCUCAGACGAAGGUAGGAGCUGCGGGGCUCUAGAAAAGUCCUCCAGUGAGGCGUCAGUGGGGACGGAGAGAUAGACCUCAGCAGAGUGUCCUCAGCCAGGAUGAUAGCAAUUUGCGACCAGCCUUUUUUCCUGUAGAUGAGCAUAGAGUCUUGGCCCUCACCGGUGCUCCACCACGAAUGCUUCACCCUGCGUCACACUCCACCCAGCAGACACCAUUCAUGGUCGACCUCCAUGAACAGGUGCAUCAGGGACCUGUCCCUUUAUCAUACACAGUUACCACAGUAACCACCCAAGGCUUUCCCCUGCACACUGGCCAGCACAUUCCUGGGUGCAGCGCCCAACAGCUGCCAGCAUGCUCUGUCAUGAUCAGUGGGCAGCAUUACCCUCUCUGCUGCCUGCCACCUCCGCUGAUCCCAGGAUGCACCAUGCAGCAGCUUCCUGUUUCGUACCAGCCAUUUCCUCCGCUGCUCUCCAGCGAACAUUAUAUUUUACAUCCUCAGCCACCACUGCCCCCACACCAGCCACCUCACCUUACUUCUCUUGCUCCAUUUGUUACAGUGCAGCCACAGAGAAUGCCUCUACAGAGAAUAGACAAUGAGCUGGAUGUUCGGGGGGACCAACAUCACCUGGGCAACUUCCCAUUUCACCACUCCCACCCUAUGCCUGCACUGCCUCCUUCAAUGCCCAUGCAUUACCUCUCCCACGAUGCACUGCACCAGGAGCUAUCCUUUCCAGUGCCAUAUGCUCAUCUGAUGCCACGGCGACUGAAUGCCCAGCGUUAUCGCCUGCAGCAACCACUGCCGCCACCUCCUCUGCCCCCGUCAUAUUACCCAAGUUUCCUACCCUACUUCCUUUCCAUGCUUCCUGUGUCUCCUGCUUCAGUUGGCCCAGCCAUCAGUCUUGAUCUGGAUGUGGAUGAUGUGGAAAUGGAGAAUUAUGAGGCAUUGCUGAACUUGGCUGAACGUUUAGGGGAGGCAAAGCCACGGGGACUCACCAAAGCCAAUAUUGAGCAGCUUCCCUCUUACCGCUUCAAUGCUGAAAGCCACCAGUCUGAGCAGACGCUGUGCGUGGUUUGCUUUAGUGACUUUGAAAGCCGGCAGCUCCUCCGAGUGUUACCUUGUAAUCAUGAGUUUCACGCAAAGUGUGUUGACAAGUGGCUCAAGUCAAAUCGCACAUGUCCCAUCUGUCGGGCUGAUGCCUCUGAGGCUCACAGAGAUGGGGAGUGAGGAAAGGAUAUUGCCCACUUUCCUCCAGCUGGUGCACAAACCCAGAGGGAUGAACACAAAAUAUACCAGCCUCCUUGCCUGACUCGGAUGCUUCAGCUGCCCUCUUCUUCUGUGUCUGUCGUUUGGCCAGGACAUAUAGCAGCUUUGGAUCUGGAGGUGGUGUCAAGUCGCACAUUCCACUGUCUCCACCCUAUUACCUCUACACCCCAAUACUUUCCAGCAGCGCUCCUGCUUUGUCUCAUUUGUGGGCAUGGGGAGGAAUCUGAGGUGUGCUGGAGAUAUGUUGGGCCUGAAAGGGCACGAGGUUCCUUCUCUGCCUCCCAGUGAGGGUAGCUGAGGCUAAGGCUAACAGGAAAAAGACUGGGUCAUGAUGGCCUGUGCUAGCUCCCUAUGGGAAUCUCGAGGCAUUACCAGGGACACCCUGUUUUAAGUAAUUCUGCUGCCAAGCUCUCCAUGCGAGAGACUAGUCACUGCUGCUUCUUUAAAUAUGUUUGCACUGAGCCCUAGCUGGGCUUUUUAUUUUCUUUUAAUUCUUGUUGUGUAGCAGCAUUCCAUUACCCAUUAACUUCAGGUUUUGUUUUGGGGUUUUUUUUUUUUUUUGAUGAUGACAAUUGCUUGCCAUGGGAUUAGUUCUCUAUUGUGGCUUAUUUGUGAGAAGAAAAUGAGAUUUGGGGAAGGGGCAUUCUGGGAAAGAAUACCAUGCUUAACCAAUCACAUACAUAAUAUUGAUAUUCCUUCUAUAGCACUAUCCUUUCCAGUUUGUCCUUCCUACUUAAAUACAAGGCCUCAUUGCUGGGGACAUUUAAACUAGAAAAAGGUGCAUUCAGUGUUAUGUUCUCAAUUAAUGUCACAGUUUAAUGUAUUGCUGUACCGCCUGAUUUGCAGGUAUCUCCUAUAUAGAUUCUCGGUUUUUCCUCCUUUAUAGGACCAAUGUGAUGUCUUUACUGAUCCAAUGUGGGCUUUAGAUUUGUCCUCUGACAAUGCACUCUGCUACCAGAUAAGUGGUACUGGGAACAUAAGCCUGUAAUCUCAUUUUCUGCUAAUAAGAGCCCUGGUAAUGCCUCCUUAAUAUAUUUUGUUUGGCAGCAGGUUACACAAUGGCAGGGGUGUGACACCACAGGGCACACUGUUGCACGCCAAGCUGUGUUUUCAUGGGUGUGUUGCACUAUAUGUACCUGCAUUUUCCCACCACAGCUCCCGUGUAAGUCAGGACCACGGGGGAACCUGGGCGAGCGGCUGCCUUAUUAAUCGAUUUGUAUCUGUUUUAGUUUGAAUUUGCAUGAUAGAACAGCAAGAAACAACAAGAGCCAGCCAACCAUUUCCGAUCUAUGUACAUGUUUAACGGUCGGGCAGAAAGUCUGUCUUAAUGUUUCACAAUAUGCAUGUCUGAGCAGCUUGGAAUAUGGUAUCCGCUAACCCUUGGCCGUCUGUGGAGUGAAGUGAGGGGGGUGGGUGGGAUUGGGAUAAGCAUUAUUAUAGGGGUAUGUAUCUUGCUGCGCUGAUUCCUGCUGUGCACUUGUUCGCCAAGCAGAAGGCACCUGAACUGUUUGUAGGGAUAUGAAUGUUUUUUUAAGCCUGUAAAGGUCACACUCGGGUAGGGAUUGUGUGAUGGGGUGUUUUCAGACCAAAAGUUUACUACUUUCAUGAUAAAAAGAGGCACAUUGCAGAGAAAUGAAUGCUGGACUAGAUAACGCUAAAUGUGUUGAUGGAUAGUGCCACAACACAUAUGGCUGGCCCUAUUCUCAUUCUUUUCUUGUCAUUCCCCUCCUUGGCAAGAAGGCUCAUUCAUGCAGCUAUCCAUGGUCAGAACCUGGGACCAUGGGAGUAGGAGCAAGUAUUGGGUACCAUUCAAACCUUGGCUCACAUUCAAACAUCUCUUGCUGGCCAGCAACAGGGUUUAUAUACAGUUCCUUGUUUUUACAGCCAUAAACAGGACAGGAAACUAGAUGUUUAGUUGUUUAGGUUCCAUCAGGCAUAGUCCUCAAUAUAACUGAUAUAUUCUAGGUAUGUGGGCACAGAAACCCUUGGCUAUACGUUGGCAUUGGAGGGUUGACUGCUUUUCCAGCUUUAAGAUGUCUUCCUUUUUCAUUGACAUCUUCAUUGCUUCUCCACUGCGAAAGAGCCUGCAAAUGUAUUGCAGAUAAUCACGACAUAGUAUGUUUCCUUAUUGUCAUGCACUGGAAUCCUAACUGUUAUUAUCAUACAUUAAGAAAAAUGUAUAAAAAAAAAUAAAUUCAUGGUAAUACAUACACAACACGGAACACCCAUUCCCCUGUGCAUCUUAUCCUUGGUGAGCCACUUGUCAACAUCCUAAAUGUACAAACUGUGAUUUCUAUGUUUCCCUGCCAUAUCACUCUGGGUUUUUAACAUUACUGCCAAUGUCCUCUCCAUAUAAUUGCAGGCCUGGUGUUUCAAGCCAUAUUAUUGCAGUGAUUUAAUAUACCCGCUCCUAUUUCCUGGGGCAUGAGUAAAAUACUGAGAAGUUUCCCUUCGCCCACACCAUGUCAUAAAACUCCCUUGCCCAGUCUAAAGUCUCCAGCUUGAAAAUACCAGAGGAGGGGUACUGCCGGACUGCAGCAGACACACAGAAUAAAGCACUUGUUUUACAGCACACAAGUUACCAAAGGUCUUACUGUAUAUAUAUAAUAUAUAUAUCUAUAUAUUUCAACACUUUCAGAACUCUAUCACAGGUUUUAAGUCCGACAACAGCAGUAUCUGCUGCCUAUCCGUUAGCUAGUCCUGGACUGCUGGAGGCAUCCCUGUUACACAAAUAAAAGUCUCCUCCAGCUACUAAGGAUUGCCCCUCCUUCCAUCCUCUGCUCCGUUGUAUAAAGUCCAACAUAUGGUUCUGAUUACUCUCUAAGAACCCAAACACCGUAGCUUGAGUGCUGCUCUUUAGAGAAGCGCUUCUAACCUCAUUAUCAAUCGAAGUACAAGCCUUUGGUUUAGGAUGUCUGUGAUUGCUGCAUAGAUGCCACUUUUUUUAAGCAACGUAUUUUCUUUUCUUUACCCCUAUGGUGGGAUAUAGUGGAUUGUUUACUGUAUCAUCCUAACCUCCUGGACCCCCUACUCACACUGGGCUGUUUUCUCUCAGUUACUGCUCCUUCCCACUAAUAUUCCUGCUCCCCCCAGAGUUGUGGCUUCCCUUACUCAGGGUCCCGGAGGUGUCUUCUGUGUUAGAACUGUAUAUCUAUAUGUGUGUGUAAACAUAUAUAGAUAUAUCUCUCUAUAUAAAUUUUUUGGCUUUUGGUACUUGCACAUUUACUGGUUACCUCAUUUCCCAUGUAUGUAUUUGAAAAAAUGCUAAUAUAUAGAAAAUGGUUCUUGAAGCUAUCAAAGUGUGUUUUUUUUUUUCCUUCAUUCCAUUGGAAUCAUAUUGGUUUGUAGCAUUUAACAUAACUAGUAAUAUUGUAUUAUAUAUAUAUGUGUAUAAUGAUUGAAAUUUUUAACAGAUUUGUACUUUUUUUAAAAUGAAAGUUGCUAGUUUUGCUUGACCUGGUAGUGCAAUCAUUUAUUUUUUUUAAUGUUGUGGCUGAAUUUGAGAGGGUUCUUCACUAAUAAAUGUACAAGGACAUUAACAGUG